CCCAGCACAACCCCAAGCUCCUCCCACUUUUUUUCAGACCCAUCCAGCUCACUCCACAGCGCCGGCGAGGCACGCAAGAAGAAGCCGCAUUUCUUGCAGCUGCAGCGGCGAUCUCCCCCUGUCUCUUCCUCUCUCUCUCUCUCUCCUCUCGCAAACACAGAAGGAUGGGGAGAGCGCCGUGCUGCGAGAAGGUGGGGUUGAAGAAGGGGAGGUGGACGAAGGAGGAGGACGAGAUCCUGGCGAGGUACAUCAAGGAGCACGGCGAAGGGUCAUGGAGAUCGCUGCCCAAGAAUGCCGGGCUGCUGCGGUGCGGGAAGAGCUGCAGGCUGCGGUGGAUCAACUACCUGAGGGCGGAUCUCAAGAGGGGCAACAUCUCGGAGGAGGAGGAGGAGAUGAUCAUCAAGCUCCACGCCACCCUUGGCAACAGGUGGUCCCUGAUCGCCGGCCAUCUGCCCGGCCGGACGGACAACGAGAUCAAGAACUACUGGAACUCGCACCUCAGCAGGCGGGCGGCCGACUUCCGCGACGGCGUCGUCGUCAACGUCGACCUCAGCAAGCUCCCCGGCGGCGGCAAGCGGCGCGGCGGCCGGGCCAGCCGCGGCGUCAUGGCCGCCGCCAAGGUCAGGAAGGAGAAUAAGGGGAAGGAGAAAGAGAAGGGCAAGGGAAAGAGCAAGGUUGCAGAAGCCGAGCAGCAGGAGCAGCUUGAGGAGGACGACGACAUGACCGUGUCGACGCCGAGCUCUCACUCCCAGCCGAGCGCCACGGCCCAGAGCGAGGAGCAAGCGCAGGCCAGCGCCAGCGGCGUGACAUCUGAUGAUGGGCCCGAGGAGGACCCGCUGGCCCUGAGCGAGGAGAUGAUGAGUGCGCUUCUGGGCCCCGAAAGCCCAAAGCUGGAGGGGGGCCCUGACGGCUCGCGCAUGGACAGUGACAGUGGCCCGUCCGUGGUGGUGGACAGUGACAGUGGCCCUGGUGGGCCUACGGGGGAUGUGGCCCAAGAGCUGGGCGACAAGGCCAUCAUGGACUGGGACUUGAUGGGGCUGGACAUCUCAACCGCCGAUGACAUGUGGGACCAGCUGGUUUGGGACUACGCUGACAUGGACGUGGUGGUCCCGGGUGGGGGGCACCAUCAGCAGGAGGAGGUGAUGUCAGACCUCUUCUUCCUGGACAGCAUGUAGGAAGGAGGUGGUGCCGUGGUGGCUCUGUGCAUCUUUAGCUUGGCUUCUGUGAUGUUUUUAGCUUCUCAUCCAGUAGAGCUCGAUGCGUCUGCUGAUGAGUGAGAUAGGAUAGCAGUGUGCUUCAGUGACGUUUUUGUCCGUUGGUAUGGUCUGGUGAGUGAUGAACGGUUAGAAAACGGAGAGAAAUGUGGAAAAAUAAAGUGUCAGAAUUGCUCCGUUAGUUGAACUGUUCAAAUAAAGCUUGGCGUGGAAUAGGGAGAAUUCCAGUAUUGGGUUUGUA